AUGACCCAGCCAUCUUAUAAUAUUAAGGAUGUGUAUAGUGAAAUUUUUACGACCAAUGACUAUUUUGGGGAUGAUAAUGGCCAAUUUAGAGUUAAUACACAACACAAAUCAAUCAACGAUUAUUGUGGUUCCUGGAGGGACUCAGGAAAAGAUGAUUGUCAUAAUUAUAUUCAAUUGGCUAUUUGUGGUUUUAUUUAUUUGCUAAAAAAUUUUAAGAAGUAUAUUUUAGAUUAUGAUAAACUUGUCGAAUACGCAAUUUUAUGGUUAAGUUAUAAACUAAAUGAAGCCCCAAAAGAAUGUAACAUCAAAUUAAAUGAAUUUUAUACUAAAUAUAUAGAAACAAAUAACCAUUAUAAUAAUAUAAUAAAUGAUGAUGAUAAUAUGACUUAUAAGAAUAUUAUAAACAAAAAAAAAGAUUUGAUGAAUAUGGAUAUUAAUGAAAUAUCUAAAUUUAAUGCCCUAUUUUAUAUAUUAUUUUUUUCCUAUUAUUUAUCUCAUUUGGGAUAUCAGGAUUGCAAACAAUUUUCGCUUUAUCCUAUAUCGUUUGCUAAUAAUUUUAAUGAACUCAAUGAAGAUUCUAAUAAUAUAGAAGGCAGUCUAUAUACUCAAAUAUUGUCUACAUUAUCGAAUGAUUAUAAAAAUUUAAAAAAUAUAUAUGAUGAUAAAGAUAAAUCUUGCAAAUUUCCAGAUCUUCCAAAAAUAGAACCUAAAAAAAAUUCUGGACAAAAUACUUUAGAAAGUUCUGUAGAAAAAUCUGUAAAAGAUUCUGAACAAACAUUGAGACAGCCAUCUUAUAAUAUUAAGGAUGUGUAUAGUGCAAUUAAUACGAUCGAUGGCUAUUUUUAUGAGAAGAAUGAAAAUGGAGGAUCAUCUUUAUCAGUUAAUGAAUCAAUCCACCAAUAUUGUAAUUAUGAGAAUACCACAGAAGAUGGUAAAUGUCAAAAUUAUUUUGAAAUGGCUAGUUCUGGUGUUAUUCAUUUGUUAGAAAUGUUAAAUGACAAAUUUGAUUCAAAAUAUGAUAAACUUGCCGAAUACGUUAUUUUAUGGUUAAGUUAUAAACUAAAUCGACAUUUAAAUUAUAGUGGCACCAAUUUAAAUGAUUUUUAUACUAAAUAUAUAGAAACAAAUGAUAAUUAUAAUAUUAAAAUAAAUGAUAAUGCUAAUGAUAGUCCAAAUUAUAAGGAUAUUAUAAAUAAAAAUAAAGAUUUGAUGAAUACUAAUGAAAUAUCUAAAUUUAAUGCUCCAUUUAGUAGUUUACUUUUAUUGUAUAAUGGAAUUAAAGGGAACAAUCUGGAUUGCACAAAAUAUUCGAGUUAUCCUAAAUUGUUUGCUAGUGAAUUUGAAAAUCUUAAUAAUGAUUCUAAUAUUAUUGGAAAUGCUUCAUUCAGAAAAUUAUUGUAUAUAUUAUCAGAUGAUUAUAACAAUUUUAAAAAUAAAUAUGGUAAUGAUAAAUCUUGCGAUUUUCCAACCCUUUCACCGGUAAAAACAUCAUCAAGUUCGUCGAUAGCAAGCAAAUUAAUUCCAGGUUUAUCGGCAUUUGCAAUACCAGCGCUCUUUGGAAUUGCUUAUAAGACAAUAUAUAAGAAAAAAAUUAAAAAAAAUAAAGAAGAAAAUGAAACAUAA